GAAUGAUCACGGAUAAAAUCACGGAGACUCCAGGCAGCGACGCGCAGAAUCCAGCGACAAAACAUGCAGCCAACAAUAACUACUGGACCCGAAUGGUGUUGCUGCAGAGGGCGAGGAUCCGAUUGAAGGCGCGCCUGGGCCUCUCCGCCCCGCCCAGGGCGCCGGGCACCCCUUAUAUCUCCUCCCUGAAUAGGAUCCGAACGAGACAUUGGGCAUCCUUGCACGAGGCAGACAUGGCCACUUCCACAGCCGAAAACGGCCACGCUGUGACUCUCUCCGAAAACGGUGUCGACUCCGAAAAACUUGAGGAAUCCUUCCGGAAUGUCAACUUGACGGCUGCA